AUGGAAGAAAAUCAUGAAACCACAUCACCAUGCCGUGGUAAAUCUGUUGGUAGAUCCCUAAGUCUAGUAACAGAUCUUGCGCCGUCCUCUCAACAACCUUGUCUCCUUCAGCAUUCUCAGAAUCCUCAAAAUCUCAACUCUGCAUAUCCAAUCUCAGCCCCGCCUUUAGUACAUCAUAACCAGAUCAAUCCACUAUCCGCUCUCCCUUUGACCCAACAUCAUCCCUUUGCAAUCCCUCAACCACAACCACAACCAUGCCAGACCCAACUCUUCAACCCAGAACACCAUUAUCUUCUUCUAUCCCUUUCUCGGGAAAACUUCAAAGCCCUUUCCCUACGACAAAAAAUCGCAGCGGCAGAAAAUAAUCUCGCUUCCAUACACCUAGCUACGGAGUUAGAGGGUGUGGGGAUAGGUAUCACAUCUCCCCUCUCCUCUAUCUCUACGCCCGCCACACCGCACUCGCAGGCGCAGGCGCCCACUCGUCGCAAACUGAAGAAACAAAUCUCGUGGCUGAGAUGUCGGAUUAAGGAGUGUACGAGACAGGAGACAAUUUUGAUGCAGAGGUUGCAGCAGAUUGGGGAGGAGGAGAGGAGAUGGAGAUGGAUGCAAAUCGAGCGGCAGAGAAGGAUUAAUGAGGAGAUGAUGGAGUGGCAGAGGGGAUAUUGGAAUUGUUUUGUUGGAGCUGGUGGUGCUGUUGGUCAGGCUGGCUAUGGAUAUAGUGGGAGUGGAUAUGGAUAUGGAUAUGGAUAUGGAUUUGGACAUGGUAACGCUCAUGAAGGCAUGUUGAAUGCUAGCACUCCUGCGUUUCAACCCGGUGGUAGCGUCAGUGUUAGCGGUGCUUUUCCUGUCGAUACGAGGGCGAGUGUGGGGGGAAGAAAAUAUUCAAAUGAGUUUUGGAAUACGGAUGCGCCUGUCUUCUCACCAGUUAAUUUCUUUAAACCUUCUUCUUCUACUUCUGUUUCUGUUUCUACGUCUACGGUUCCUUCUGGUAUCUCGCAGCAUGUGCAAAAUGGAGAGGUGGAGAGACUCAGUAGGGGGUGGGAUGAAUGUGAAUUAUCGCCCUUGGCUGAGGAGAGAAGAAAAUCUUCUUUGAAAUGGAGCGUGGAGAUUAGAGGUGGGGAUAAGGAAGGGAAUGAGAUAGGGAUGGGAGAAGAAGGGGAGGGUUCUGGCUCUGGGUCUGGAGAGGGUGAAGCGGGAGAUUCCUCGACUGAAACGGCGAUUACGACGCCGAGUCCGCAACAGAGCGCGAGGAUGUCGCCGAUGGGAGGCGCGAAGAGUUUUAAUGAUGUGAUGUUGGGGUUUUUUGAUGGGGUAGAUGGGGAGGGGAAGAGAGGGUUGUGUGGGAAAGAGGGAGUGGGGAGAGAGAAGAAAAGUAAAAGUUUGCCGGGUGUGCAGAGGCAGCGGUGGGAGGGGGUUUGUGGGGGGAAGGGGGAGGGGGAGGGGAAGUUUCAUGGAAAGGAAGUUCUGAAAGAGAGGAAUGAGAUUGAUCAGGUUUAG